AUGUACAUUUCGUUUGAUCGUGCUCGUUAUUGUGUUCGUCGUCUCAAUGGUACACAUGAAGUGGGUUGUCAAUCAGCUAUGAGAGGUAAUUCAGGUCGAAUGUAUAUGAUUGAUAAUGAACAAGAAUUCACUUCAUUUCUUACAAAUACUGCAACUAUUGAUCUAUCGAAUUCAUUUAUUAUUGUACUUAAUGUGAAUUUAUUUGAUUCAAAUCAUGUUGAUCAAUUAAUGAAUCGUCUUGAUAAAAAAUUAAAUGGUCUUUUAUUAUAUUUAAAAUCAAAUUUAUCUCGACCUGAAUAUUUUUCACAUGAUGAUCAAUGUCCAAAUCAUCGUUAUUCUUAUUAUUUAAAUCAAACAGAAAGUGUAAAAUGGAAUUGGAAAGGAACUGGCUUAUUUUUUCGUUCAUUUCCAUUUCCAAUUAUGUUGGUUGAUGAAGAAAAUGAUUAUAAACAAUUAUUACAUUUCUAUCAACAAUUUAAUAGUAGUCAAUCAACACCUGCAUGUGGUUUAGAAAUGAAAACAUUUCAAAAUGCUGCACAUACAUCUAAAACAUGUAUGAGAAGAAAUGAUAUAUCACAUUCAUUAAUUGAUCUCCCCGAAAUAUUCUGUGAUCCUAUAGGUGGUCAAAAUAUUUAUAGUAAAUUACCUCAAACAAUUACAACUAUAUAUCAACAACGUUCACCAAAAUCAGUCGUAUUAAUUUUAGUAAAUACAGAUAGUUUUCAAAUGUUUCUUAAACCAAAAGGAGCAACAGGUGGUGCUCAACAACCAGCUGCAGCACUUAUCGCAUUUCUUACACUUGCACAUUUAAUUGGACAAGAACAAAAUGAAUUGAAAAAACAAGAUAAAGAAAUUAUAUUUCUAACAUUAGAUGGUGAUGCAAUGGAUUAUUCAGCUUCAUUUAAAUUUAUGUUUGAUAUGAUCAAUGGAUAUUUUCCAAAUGGUGAUAAAAAUGAACAACGUAUUAAACCUGAACAUAUUCAUUCAAUUAUUGAAUUACAAGGAUUAAGUAUGACAGAUAAACUUUGGCUUCAUUCAUAUCCAUCAUCAUUGAUAAAUCAAACAUUUAUCAAUACAAUUCUUCGUAAUAACCCAAUGAUAACUUCAAUUUCAUCAAAUUCUCCUCUACCACCUGCAUCAUCACAAAUAUUUCUUCGUGAAACAUCAUCAAUGUCAUUUCCUGCAUAUAUAUUAUCGUCUGCAAAUGAUAAUCAAUUAUCUAAUCAUUAUUAUCAUUCAUUUUUUGAUGAUCCAUCAACCUUAUCAAUUAAUAUAUCAACAUUAGAAUAUAAUACAGAUACUGAAUUUAGUCAAUGGAUUAAACGUAUUGUUGAACCAUUAGCUCAAACAUUAAUUGAAUCAUUUGUUGGUAUAAGAAAAAAUCUUAUUAUUAAACAAGAAAUUAUUAAUAAUUUAGUUUAUUGUAUUUUAAAAAAUAUUAAUUGUCCUUUAAUUCAUAAUGUAACAAAUCAAUCUGUUGGUAAUACAUUUAAACAAUUUGAUCAAACAUCUAUGCCAUUUUCAAUUAAUACUUAUCCAGAAUCAACUACACCAACAUUUCCUUUUGUACAAUAUGUUUUAAGUUAUUUUUUACGUGAUCGUGCAUAUGAUUUACAAAAUAUAACUAGCGUAACAUGUAAAGAAUAUGCUGCUAAUGAUACGCUUUAUUCAUAUAAAUAUGUUGGUGGAUAUUUACCAUCGAUAAAUAAUGAAGAAAAAUUUUCUAGUUAUUGUGUUCGAUCAUAUAUACGAUUGAUACAAUCAAUGUCACCAGCAUUUACUAUUAAAAAUUAUGAUUUAUCUGAUGCAAAAUAUCCAGCAUGGACUGAAAGUCGUUGGACAGUAAUUAGUUUAAGACUUUUUCUUAUUCCAACAAGACAACAUGAAGUUAUGACAGUUGUUAUUGAUUGGAAUCAACAAGAAAAUGCUCAUUAUUCAAAUGGAGAUACAUCUUUACAUUCUGUUCAUGGACAAAUUCAUGCUGGACCACAUUCCGUACCAGCACAUACAGAUAAUGGAUUAGAUCCUAAUCUAUUAAAUAAUGAUACUAAUGAUUCAGGUGCAUUUGUUACAGCUGGAACAGCUGGUCAAGUAGGUUUUGAUGUUCGUACGUUAGGUUUAAGUGAACAAGAAUUAAAAGAAACUGGUUUACAUCCAUCAUUAAUAUCAGCUGGUCGUCAACUUCCAUUAGAUCAAUAUAAAAUUAAUUAUGAUCCUAAUCCAAUUAUUAUUCGAAAACAAAUUCCUGUUGAAAUGCCUACUUAUAAACAACAGGUCAUUGUUCGAUAUCUUCGACCUCCAACACCACCAUCACCAGGUCCAUUGAUUAUAAAAGAAGUUCGAGAACCUCCAGCAGCUGCAGCACCACCACUUGUUAUACGUACACGAGCACCUCGAGAAAAAACACCACCACCUAUUGUUAUUCGUGAAGCACCACCAUGUGCACCUCACGUCGAUCUCAAUCCAAAAUAUGUCACACGUGUUGUUCGUCAUAAUGAAUCAAAUUAUUCAUCUUCUCCUCAACAACAACAAAGGCAAUUUCAACAACAACAACAAUAUCAUCAACUACAACAACAACACCAACCACAACAUCAUCCACAACAACAACAACAACAACAACAGCAACAAUUUCAACAUUUUAAUACAUUUGAAAAUGGAACAGUUAAUUAUGAUCAAUUUAAUGGUAUUCAAAAUGGAAAUCAAUUUACAAAUGAAAUCAAUUCUUUUGGAGAUCAACAACAUGGAGGAUGGGUUACAGAAGUUGUAUCAAGUACUGGAACAACAUCAGCUGCUCCACCUCAUCUUUUAGAUGAUAUCUAUCGAGCAAUUAAUAAUCAAUUACCACGUGUAUAA